CUCCGUGUCUGUGUUGAGUCAGUAUGGCGGCUGAGUGGAGACACUUGUUGGAAGAGGAAGGUUAUGAAAAGUUCAAAGAGGCCAUCCGUCUCUCAGAAGACGAAUCAAAGAAUGACCCAGACGAAGACCCAUUCAGGUCAAAAUAUAAGGCAAGGGAAAUUUUCCUGGAAGUGAAAGAAAAGCUCAAACCUUACUUAGAGAAGUUUCCAGAAGAACAGGAACUUCUGUUUCUCAACAGUGUCAUUGAUUUAAGGCUUGGUAUAAACUACAUUGACACAGAAGAACUGCAGUCCGGGGAAGAGUAUCUCACCCAAGUGAUUGAUGCCACUGAAAAUUAUAAACUUCAUAAAAAUGCCUCUGAUAUCUACCUGCAUGCUCUAAACAACUUGGGGAUAUUAUGGUUUGGAAGAAGAAACCCAGAAAAAUCUCUUUCUUAUCUACUGAAAGCAGAAGAACUGUAUUUUAAGUACAAGGCUGAAGUAGAUGGUGCACCAAAAUUUGUUGCAGAAUAUUUAAAACCUGAUAAUGAAGAUAAAGAAAGAUUGGAACAUCUCCGGAAUUCGAAUUUUGAAAACUCGUAUACACACACCUUGUAUUAUAUGGCGCAGGUGUAUGCUAAACUGGAUGAAAGUGAAAAAUCUGCCUUAUGUUGUCACAAAACCUUACAGAGGCAAUUAGAUGCACACACAUACACUCCACUUGAUUGGGCAAUAAAUGCUGCUACACUGUCCCAGUAUUUUGUCACAAAGGAUGAGUAUGCACAGGCUCGACAUUGUCUUGCAUGUGCAGAAGUCAUUUAUGAGGAGACCAAGUUAAGAGAAGAUGAAAAUUUAGAUGAGGAAGAAAAAGAAAAACUUCAGCAGGGAAAAGCUGAUAUACAGAGAUGUUGGGCCAAAUAUGGACUUGCACUUCUGGAGUUUUCAAGGGAUCGUCUUUUGAAGGCAACUGAUGAGGAAGGAGAAGAACAAGAUCAGGACCAAGCUGAAAAGGAAUUUGAGAAAUUUAACCUUGAAGUUGCAUCACGAGAAGAACAAAUCACCUGUAAACCUGUUCGUGAUUUUGAAGAAGCAAGAAAUGUGUUUUUAUGUGUACAGACUUGGCUAAACGGAGCAAAGGAAUUUUAUGUUUUUGAUGGUCGAUGUACAGAUUAUGUAGAGAUUGUUCAAGAUCACAGCAAAGCAUUCAAACUUUUAGCCUUCUUUGAGCUAAACUUGGAUCGUCAGUGUAAAAUGCACAAGAGGAGAAUAGACAUGUUGUUAGAGGUCUGUAAUGAGUUGAAUCCCCAGCAUUACCUUCUUGUGGUUCGCCAACUGACAUAUGAAUUGGCAGAAAUCUACAGCAAUAUGUUAGAUAUUAAGUACAUGAUUUUGAAGGAGGAGGGGGGACAACCUUCAGUCCAUGCCAUGAAGAAAAUUAACAGUUUAGCUUUUCAGAGCAUAGAGAAGUACAAGGCCUAUAUUGAUUCUUUUAGGGAAAACGGGGCUGAUUUACCAGUAGAGUUUCCAGAACUUGAUACCAGACCUGUGCUGGUAGCCUGGUUCUGCAUGGGAAGACUUUAUUCCAAAAUAUUCCCCUCCAAUGUAAGGGAGAGAUUGGAUUACAUAAAGAAGACUGAGAACUGCUACCAAUAUGUAAUAGACUACUGCAAGCAACAUCCAAAAGCUGCAGAGUGCAUGCGUACUGAACUUGAAGUGUGUGAAGAAAUGGUGCAACUAUUACCACUCAAAAUGGAAAAAAUUAGACAAGAGGCGGAGGUUUAAUGAAUUAAUUCCAAACUUUUCAGAGACACGCCACAAUAAGAAAUUAUUAAAGUUGAUAUGGCUGGAUUGUGAAGAAUAAAGGAAAUCUUAAUUGCUGUAAUAAGUUCCACAUUACAUGUUAAUUAUAUGAGGAAUCAAGAGAAAUUCAUGAUCCUGCAUAUCAUUAACCAGUUCUAAGGUUAAGUCCAAGUUAUCAUAAAACUUAAUUGGUAUUCAAAUUUCCAAAUACAUGUAUUGCAUCCUAAGUUAUAUAUACACAUUUUUAUGAUAGAUUACCCAAAGCAGGGGUUAGCACUUAUUUACCAGUCCAAUAUCAAGGUCAAAGGUCAAGGCCUAUGUCAAAUUCAAUAGCAGAAUUGAAAAGGUAUAAUCUUUUAAAUUACAGAGUAGAUCAAAUCUUAACAAAGAGAGAUGUGUAACUGUUUUAUUUACAUAAGGUGAAAUGCCAAGCCAAAGUGAUUGCAAAUUAAAAUCAUGUCACCUUGCAUUAAUAACCUAAGGCCAAAAAAUUAAUAGUCUUGUUUACUGCUACCUGACCGAUCCUUUUUUUUUUUCUUUUUUUUUUUGCACUGGAACCUAAAAUUUUUUUUUAGUAUUGGAAGAAAAAAAUUCGGGAAUUUCAUUGUUCUGUCACUGUAAUCAGUUUUCAUGUUAAAACAAAACAAGCAUUUCAUGAAAUUCUAUGUUUUAAAUAUGGACUUUCAUAAAAUAACACUUGAGUUGUGCAUCAAAAGACAUGAAAUUUAAUUUUAAAAGACAAUAUUGAUCUGUGACGUUUAAUUUGAUCUUGUAUAAGUUCAUAUCCAAAAAAAAUUCAGUCAGAAAAAAAAUUCCUACCUACCUACCCUAUUUUCUUCAAGCUGGUAGCAGGAAACAAGACUAUUAUUUUUUUUUGGCCUAAUGGUGAAGAUACAAGUCUGAAAUAAUCAUAUUAGAACAGAAAAAAAAUACUAGUAUUUCAUGUCAAGGUCAUUGUCAGCACUGAGGUCGGUAUUUCUAACAUCUCGUUUUAUCUAUGACUGUUUAAGUUUGAUACUCAUCAUUUUUUCCAAUUACUAGGUUCAAAAUCAGACGUCUAUGUCACAGGAACUUGUUUCUUAUGCGGGGCACCCCCUACUUAUUGGUAAAAAUUAAAGUAGGGGGGGUGUCUUGUAUAUGAAACAAGUGCCUGUGUUCUAUGUCAUGGCAAAGCCCCAGUGUUAGUAUUUGAUAUAUAUCAUCCUGAGUAAUUUACAAGUGUGGGAUGUUGGAUGAUCAGAAUAAGUCACACUCAACAGAACUAAUUUAAAGGUCAAGGUCAUCCAAAUGACAGCUCGUAUAACAUCUCAUCCUGAUUUACCUAUAUAAAGAUUGAAGGAUAUCAUACGUAUAGUUAAACACAACUGAUUAACAGAAUUGUUAAUGUGGACAGGGAAUAAACUGUCAAACAGACAUCAUCGAUUCAUAUAUAUGAUUUGGGCUUCACAACCCAGCCAAUUAUACUCUGUAGUUCUAUUAAUAUACAAUGUAUUUAUAAUAAUUUAUUACUAUUAGUCUAUAAAUGUGUCAAUGUGAAUAAAUCUUGAAUAUAAAGAUUAAGAAA